UGCGGAGAGGCGCGAUGGUGCCGAGCGGGGACAGGAUGGGGCCCCGCCGGGCGGCCCCGCGGCUGCUCUGGCUGCUGCUGCUGCUGCUGCUGCCGGCGGCGGUUCGAGCCCAGGAGGAGCCUUCCUGCCACGGAGCCUUCGACUUGUACUUCGUGCUGGACAAAUCUGGGAGUGUAGCACAGAACUGGGUUGAGAUCUAUGAUUUUGUAAAACAACUCACAGAAAGAUUUGUGAGCCCCCGGAUGAGAUUAUCCUUCAUAGUGUUUUCCACCCAAGCACAGACCAUUAUGCCAUUAACUGGAGACAGAAAUGUAAUCAUGGAAGGCCUUAAAAAUUUACGUAGUGUAAAGCCAGCUGGUGAUACAUACAUGCACGAAGGAUUAAAACUAGCAAAUCAACAAAUUGAGGGUGCAGGAGGCUCAAAGUUCUCCAGUAUAAUAAUUGCUUUGACAGAUGGUAAAUUGGAUGGUCAGAUCCCCUUGUAUGCAGAAAAAGAGGCAAAUAAGGCCAGAAGUUUAGGGGCUAGAGUUUACUGUGUUGGGGUCCUUGAUUUUAAACAAGAACAACUUGAAAAAAUUGCUGAUACAAAAGAACAAGUCUUCCCUGUCACUGGAGGAUUCCAAGCGCUUAAAGGAAUAAUUAAUUCUAUACUGAAGCAGUCAUGCACAGAGAUUUUAUAUUUGGAACCAUCAAGUGUCUGCGUGGGAGAGGAGUUUCAUGUUGUCCUCAGAGGCAGUGGCUUCACACUGGGCAGAAAACAAGAGAGUGUUACUUGCACCUACCAUGUAAAUGGCACAACCAUUAAUGAAAAACCAGUAACGGUGGAAUCCAGUUUUAUGCUCUGUCCAGCCCCCGUCCUACAUAAAAGUGGCCAGACACUAGAAGUUUUGGUGAGUUUGAAUGAAGGACAAUCUUUGAUCUCCAGCUCAUUAAUAAUUACAGCUUCGGAAUGUUCGAAUGGCAUAGCUGCCCUUAUUGCCAUUCUUGUGCUGUUACUUUUGGUGGCUAUUGGUCUUUUAUGGUGGUUCUGGCCUCUUUGUUGCAAAGUGGUCAUCAAGGAUCCUCCACCACCACCUCCAGCUCCAAAAGAGGAAGAAGAAGAAGACCCCUUGCCAAACAAAAAAUGGCCGACAGUGGAUGCUUCCUACUACGGAGGACGAGGAGUGGGAGGAAUUAAAAGAAUGGAGGUUCGUUGGGGUGAUAAGGGAUCUACAGAAGAAGGAGCUAGGUUAGAAAAAGCCAAAAAUGCUGUGGUGACACUCCCAGAAGAACCAGAAGAGUCCUUUCAACCAAAACCUCCUAAACCCAAGGCUACCUCACAAGCUGCUCAGGAAAAGUGGUAUACUCCAAUUAAGGGUCGACUUGACGCACUGUGGGCUCUGUUGCGACGGCAGUAUGACAGGGUGUCUUUGAUGCGACCACAGCAAGGAGAUGAGGGCCGAUGUGUUAACUUUACCCGCGUUCAGACUCAGUAAAGGAGGCUAAGAGGAUACGAGGCCGAAAAACUUCCACACUGCCUUUCUUUAAGCAACCAAUGACAACUGAGCAUGUUCCAGAAUUUCUUCGAUCAGCUUGAGCCUCUUAGCUCAGAAGAGUUUUCCGUUUCACUCUUCCCCAAGCCAGUGUUAUUGCACCAAGCUCUUGUGUUCUACUACAUUACAACCGUACUCCAUGAUUUGCAACAGUGACAAAAAGAAAAGCAUUGACCUGCAUGCUUAGACUUUGAUAGAAAAUCCAGUACGCAUGUGCAGGGGGAGGAAAAAAAAACGACCAAAGAUCAUUUUGCUUUGUUUUGAUUUUAAAAGGACUGCAAAUUCCCAGGACGCAGUAGAGAUGCAAAGUCUCUCAGAUGCAAAGAUGGCAAUUGUUACUUAAAUAGGGACUAUUAGCCAUAGGCGGAGGGUAAAAAUUCCCACUAGGCUAAGCAAAUGCAAAAGUUCAUUGCCUUACAGCUAUGUCAGAUCACAAAAUCCUUCUGAGUCCCCCAUCGCAUUGUGCCUUACGGGAACCUUCUGACUGGAAAUCUUGUCAUUCUAGCGCUGAAAAGUGCACACGCAUGACAAAAUGUAGACAGGGUGCCUCAAGGUAUUGGUAGCAAGCAAGACUUUGCCCUUUAGUUUUUGAAGACACCUUUCUUUCAUUAUGCACCCAGGACAGGAAGAAAAUUAAUAGAGCGUUAUUCUACAGGAAUACAGCCUGUAACCAGAGAUCUUGAGCAGAGUUUGAGGGACUGAUGCGUCAAGACCUUGGACACUGAGGCUGGUGGUUUUUUCCCCUUUCCUGCAUUCAGAGUUCAGUAGCGCAUAAAACAUCAUCAUCUAUAAACAUACCUAGCAGUUCUAGGCUUAUGUAUAUUUUUUUUAGAUUUAGAAAAAAGCAAUAGCCACAAAGCUGGUAUCUCAGGGGUUCCCCCCCCCCCACAAAUCUCCAAGGGCUCUUCAGCGUCACAAGCCAGCAACUCUCUUUGCAUGAGAAUUUCAAAGUUUAAUUAAUAUAAUUAAAAGCAACAGCAAGCAGCAGCCUGUGAAGAUUUUGCUCAUCUUUUUUAUGCCUUUUGACAUUGAAUGACCUAUUACUGUAUGCGCAUUGCUCGGUUUUCGAGGGGGCACUGUGCAUUGGCUACGAUUCAGCAGUGGAAAAAGACCUCCUUUCAUCAAUUUACAAAUUAAAUUUACAGGAGCACUGGCCAUCACAAAACAUUGACACUGUAUGUAUUAUAAUUUUUUAGAAAAACCAGCGUCGUGUCACGUCGCCAAUGCCAAAUUAUGUUAGCGUGAGCGGAAACACUGUGGGGGAGGAAGGAGGCAGCAGCUGAAGAAAAAGGCUCAAAUGAUCCAGUCACUUUCGAUACUGUACUUCAGAUGCAAAAUGGAUAUUCGAGUCGAAACCUGACAAAGCGCGCCUGCUUUGAUGUGAACUGGUAUAGACAAUGACCAGUGGCUGGGUCAGUGGGAUGUCUCUCUGUGAGCAGGGAGGCUUAUCAAAUGACACUAAAAAUAAGUUCAACAACCAUCACAUUUGAGGGGAAAAGGCGAACAUUUCACAUUUGGUGGGCAUGCAUGUGCGCAAGAUGGAAAGAGCGAUGCGAAGCGUCCUGGUCUAAUUAUCCCCUUUGUGCUCUUCAUCGAAAUUGCAAGGGACACAAAUAAUUCUCUUGGUCGAUGUCCAAAUUUGCAGCACUGCCCAAAGAAGCCUUUACAUAUAUCCACUUGCUUACAUCUUUUGCUUGAGUUUAUUUAUGUCACUGGUAGCGUCAUCAGCAUCAGCCAUGUGUGCACAAAGAUUAUAAAUAAAAUUCUUAGAUAAGUUUCUGUGAUCACUUCUUUUUUUUCACUCCCUCUGCAGUUAAAGCAUUAUUUUGCUGGCUUUACAGUCUUCUUAACUACCAGCUUAAAACGAUAGACCCACCUUCUUGUGGCAUCACAUGUGUUCCCAAGAAGGCAUGUCACAGGCUAACUCAAAUGGCUACUGUCUAUCCCACAACUGUUUCAAAUUUGUCAGAUGCUCCAAUAUGUAUGAUAUGUAGCAUUAGUAAUAUAAAUAGAACAAUAAAAUGCCAAAAGAGCUUUCUGUCGACUAGCAUUCACAGAAUUCUAGCUCUGAUACCAAUGUCACAGUGGCCUUUUUUUUUUCUUUUGAAGGGGAGGAAUAAUGACUUGCUGUGUUUAUGUACAAAAGAGUGAUUUGUUUUUUGCAUAGACCAACCACAAGCAAAUGUUCAUUUGAUUUCAAAUCAUUGGUUAAAUCGAUAGACUUUUAUUCCUUAAUUCAGGAUGAUAAUCAAACUAAAUAGGUUUGCCAAAACACAGGUGCAGUCCCACACUCACCUCUAGAAUGUUGAGGCAGAACAGGCAGAAGUUCUUGGGCCAAUCAGGCAGAAAGUUAAAAUAAACCCGUGUUUUCCAUUUUUAAUGAAAUCCUGCAUCUAUUUUGACAUACAUGGAAAAUAAUCUUUAUUCACCAACAACAGUGCACAUAAAAGCCAGUUUUUCUGGAUUAAAUAGUGUGUAUUUCAAACUAAAACAAAUAAUUUAAGAAGAUUUCUUUUCUAACGUAUCUUCUGUGUAUAAAUCAUUUUUUCUAACAUAUCCAUAUAAAUGUAAAUUCCAUGAUAAUGUCUUGUUCUCUAUGGUUGUCUACCCAGGAUUGUUUAAAAAAACCACCGAAAUUUGAAUUUUUCAUAGAGCAGUUGGUGCUGAGCAGAAAUUUUUUUCAGAUAUCUGCACUGGUUUCUCCUUCUAAAUGCUGUUAUAUUAUGAUAUGUUACACUUUUGACUCAAUCGAAGAGCAAAUCUUAAGAUCUUCAUUAUUCUAUAAGAUGGAAUAGCUGUCACUAAUACAUUUUGGGGGAGGAAAUUGAUAGCACAAGUUUAAAAGCCAUUGUUUUAAAAUGACACAAAGUGAGAUUUACUUGACAUGGUAGGCAAAUGUAUACACACUAAUUUCAAUCAAAAGAAUUUGAAUAAAACUAAAAUAAUUGAUUUAAUGCAAUUCGUGGCUGAAUACAUUGAAAACCUUGUGUAUCCCUUUAUGAAAUAAACCAUGUUCUGUUA